UCUAGCUCCACGCUCGCACCAAUCCAGAUUCUCUUCCUCGCGCAAGCCCACCUCUCUGCAGCUUCCUCCUCCGGCGCCGGCGACGAUGGCUUCACCGUCGCCGUCGACGACCCACCUCUCCCCACUCACCUGCUGCUCCUCCUCCUCCUCCCUUUCCUCCCAUCCCUCUUCUCGCAGGACGAAAUUCGAAUUCCCCGCCAAUUCCCAACGGUCUUCUCCCUCCCCCAUCGCCUCUCGCGCCGGAGCCAUCGCCUCUCCCUCAAGCUCGACCCCCGGCGCCGCUUCUUCCGGUGACCACGCCCCCGUGCGCGGUCGAUGUUUCGCGAAUCCGGUCGAUCGCGAUCUUUCGGAGCUCGCAGCUGGAGACCGCGUCUCGAGGAGGAGGAGGAAGCUCAUAGCCGUGGCGGGCCUGGCGGCCACAUUGCCGUUUCUCCUUCAGCUGCGCGGUUACACGGAGGGAAUCGUCGCCGACGCCGCCGAAUUAGAUAAUGAUGAAUACACGAUGAUAAAGGAAGAGGUCAGAAAGGUAGUUUCCAAGGUGAAGGCUGCUGGUGUGCUUCGUUUGGUAUUUCAUGAUGCUGGAACCUUUGAAAUGGGUGAAAACUCAGGUGGUAUGAAUGGUUCCAUAGUUUAUGAACUUGAAAGGCCUGAAAAUGCUGGGCUAAAAAAGCCUGUGAAGAUACUAGAGAAAGCAAAGGGUGAGGUGGAUGCAAAGAGACCAGUAUCCUGGGCAGACAUGAUAGCUGUGGCUGGAGCUGAAGCAGUUUCUGUUUGUGGAGGUCCAACUAUUCCAGUUGUUCUGGGCAGACUUGACUCAAUGAAGCCUGAUCCUGAAGGAAGACUUCCCGAAGAAACUCUUGAUGCUUUGGGUUUAAAGCAGUGUUUUCAGAGGAAGGGCUUAUCGACACAGGAACUUGUUGCAUUAUCUGGAGCCCAUACCCUCGGCAGUAAAGGUUUUGGGAAUCCGGUUGUUUUUGACAAUUCAUACUACAAGGUUCUUCUAGAGAAACCCUGGAUGUCUUCAGCUGGUAUGCCAAGUAUGAUUGGACUUCCUUCUGAUCGUGCACUUGUUGAGGACAAUGAAUGCUUAAGAUGGAUUGAGAAAUAUGCAAAUGAUCAGAAUUUGUUCUUCAAAGAUUUUGAGAAUGCUUAUGUCAAGUUAGUGAAUUCUGGUGCAAGGUGGAGGAGCUUGUGAAAACUUUCUAUCACAUGGUGGCAAAAUCUUGCUGCUUUUGCAUUGCAUGCUGUUGGAGUCCAAUCCUACUGCUAAGGGUGCAUGCGAAGUUGUUUUCAUACCUCCCAAAUUGCAUCAGAGGAUGAAAGUCAAUCAGCAAAUUCCUCCCCACUGAAGGCUGUUUAAAAUGAAAAAUGGGCCGAGCCACCGAGCAUGCAUGUUUAACUGUAAAACUGUGCUACCGUCUCUUUGACAUGGUACGUCAGAAGUCUUAUUUUGUGGUUUGAACAUUUUUAGUUAUGUUGAGCUUGAUUUUUGUUGGCCACACUCUUGAUAUAGGUUUGCUCAUAUUAGACAGAGAUGACCAGUGAUAAAGAAAUUAACAGAAGGUGUAGACACGAGUGCACGAGUGCACGUUUCUCUUCAGUUUAUAUUG